CUCGCCGGGCUGGCGUCCUUUAUUAGUAUCUGCUGUCCUCAGCUCGCUACUUAACUUCUCUCUUCCCAACACAUCAAUCACAUCUUCACACACACACACACACUUUGCCAUCAUGAGCGCUCCUAAAGUUGCUGAAAAUAUGCUCUGGGGUGGUCGAUUCACUCAGGGCCUCGAUCCCCUAAUGGUACAGUACAAUGAGUCUUUGCCAUACGAUCGCAUCUUCUGGAAGCAGGACAUUGCCGGAUCCAUUGCCUUUGCCCGUGCCAACACCAAAACCGGUAUCCUGUCUCAGCAGGAAUUCGCCGAGAUCGAACGGGGUUUCAAGCAGAUCGCUGAGGAAUGGAGCACGAAUACCUUCGUCGUGAAGGAGAAUGAUGAGGAUAUUCACACUGCCAACGAGCGUCGCUUGUCGGAAAUCAUCGGCAAGGAGAUUGGAGGCAAAUUGCACACCGGUCGGUCUCGUAAUGAGCAGGUUGCCACGGACAUGCGGCUUUGGCUCCGCGAUGAACUCCGCAAGCUUGACCAGUUCCUGUGCGAUCUCAUCAAGGUCUCCAUUGCCCGUGCCGAGUCCGAGAUCGAGUACAUUAUGCCCGGCUACACCCACUUGCAGAAGGCCCAGCCUGUCCGCUGGAGUCACUGGAUCUUGUCGCAUGCCACCGCUUUCGCCAGCGAGCUUCAGCGGCUCCGGGAAGUCAUCAAGCGGGUCAACCGCAGCCCGCUCGGUACUGGUGCUUUGGCCGGAAACCCCUUCCACAUCGACCGUGAGGCUAUGGCCAAGGAGCUGGGCUUCGAUGGCCUUCUGUACAACUCGAUGAACGCCGUGGCAGACCGUGACUUCGCCAUGGAGACCAUGCAGUGGGGCAGCUCGUUCAUGUUGAAGAUCUCUCGCUGGGCCGAAGAUCUCAUCAUCUACAGCAGCUUGGAAUUCGGAUUUGUCCGCCUGUCGGACGCCUACUCGACUGGAUCAUCGUUGAUGCCCCAGAAGAAGAACGCAGACAGCCUGGAGCUUCUGCGCGGAAAGUCUGGCCGUGCUUUCGGCCAGAUGGCCGGCUUGAUGUGCACCAUCAAGGGCCUGCCCACCACCUACAACAAAGAUCUGCAGGAGAGUGUUGAGCCUCUCCUUGAUCACAUCAAGACCGUCGGAGACAGCAUUCAGAUUGCCACCGGCGUUCUCUCUACCCUCACCGUCAUUCCGGAGAAGAUGAUUGCCGCUCUUGCCCCUGAGAUGCUGGCAACCGAGAUUGCAGACUACCUUGUCCGCAAGGGUGUGCCGUUCCGUGAGGGCCACCACAUCUCUGGCCGGGUUGUUGCCUUGGCUGAGAAGCACCAAGUCCCCAUGGAUACCUUAUCCUUGGAGCAGCUCAAGACCGUUGACGCUCGCUUCGACGACGACGUACAAGCUUGCUUGGACUACGAGCGUGCUGUCGAGUUGAAGGAUGCAGUUGGCGGCACUAGUCGUCGGGCUGUGCUGGAGCAGACCGGCGUUCUACGGUCGUUGUUGUAAGAUAUAGUUUUUUUUUGGGUCGUUGCGGUUCUGGGGUUUUGGGAUCAUUUUCGGGGCGAACAAAAGCAUGAGGUCUCUUUAUAACAAUUAAUGCAUAGAGCGCAUUCUCUGGGAUGGGAAUGUGACUUCCUAUUCAAUAUGACGACGAACUUUUUUCACAAAC